CUCUUCCACCGCGGCCGUGGGAAUGGACACAUCUUUUUCCCACGUGCGAAAAGCCAGCCGGCCAUGACAACGAACACAUCCACCACCACAACCGCAACUGUGGCACGCUCUAUCUCCUCCUUUACGGACCCUCAUCAUUUCCCCUCUCACAACCACAUUAUAAGGAUGGCCUCGGCCAGUCAAGGGCAUUUUGAUGCUUACGAGGCACUGGAUCUUACAGAAUUUGCCAAAAAACAGCCUUGGUGGCGCAAGCUUUUCGGGCAGGAGAGUCGGUCUGCAGGUGAGAAGUACAGUGUGGCAACCCAGCUCCUUAUUGGAGGUGUCACUGGCUGGUGCACUGGCUUCAUAUUCCAGAAAGUUGGAAAGCUGGCUGCCACAGCAGUGGGAGGGGGCUUUUUUCUCCUCCAGCUUGCAAACCACACUGGCUACAUCAAAGUUGACUGGAGUCGAGUAGAGAAGGACAUGAAAAAGGCCAAGGAGCAGCUGACAAUUCGGAAGAGCGCCCAAAUACCAACUGAAGUCAAGAGCAAAGCUGAGGAGGUGGUGUGCUUUGUGAAGAAGAAUGUUUUAGUAACUGGAGGAUUUUUUGGAGGCUUUCUGCUCGGUAUGGCAUCCUAAGGGUAUCGCUUCACUUCCACUGUUCACCAGCCUCAACACUCCAUCGUAGGAAACUCCAGACUCUUCUUCCUCUUCAGGCCCUCCUCUCUGUUGUAAAUCUGAACCGAUUCCAUAGGCAUCUUGCCCAUGCAAAUUUACACAGGCUCUCCCAUGGCCUUGACAAGCAAAGUGGGAAGCAUGUUUUCCAUCUGGAGGCCAACAAGAAUGGUCCUUUUCCCGUAUGUAAAAUCUGUCCUAAAACAUGUUUUAAGAUCGGUCCCUUACAGUUGAGCUCGAAGAGGGAUGCACAAUUACCUUACUAUGCUCUUCAUGGGAAGGAACUGAAUAUAUCUGUCUUUGAGCACGGGAAGAAAGAAAACCCAGUUUUGGGAGUACCAUGCACUAGCCAGCUAUUUUAGGGGGACAGUCUCCUUACAGAAUUUUACAAGUAAACUGAUUGAUGCCUUCUUUUCUUCUUGACAGCUAUCCCAGUAAUAUAAUGAUAGUAGUUAUCUUAGUUAAGAACUCAGAAGUAUGUCACUUCAAAAACGGCCAUAACAUAAAUACUACGACCUAUUUCUUGGGUCCCUUUUUAGGGGGGUGGUUGGGGUGCGCCUAGGGCCUUGCUCAUACUAGGCAACGGCUACUCCAAAGCUAUACUCUUAGCUUUUUGGGUUCUUUAUAUUUUGAGAGAAGAUCCUACUAAAUUGCUCAGGCUGGCCUAGUACUGACAUCCUCCUGUAUCAGCUUCCUGAAGAGGUGGGAUUACAGGCCCAAGCCACCAGGAACAACUGCCCCAGGACCUUAAAAAAUAACUGAAGAACACAUCGCUGAGUCUACUUUGCCCCUUCUCAACAUUCUCAUUUGCCUUUUCCUUCAGGAAUAAGUUGCAAGAACCUACAUAGUUUGGUUUCCUGCAUCAGGACCUCAUCUUCUUCAAUCAAAUAUCAGCUGGGUGAAAUUUUCUUCUAGAAGCUUCAGUGGAGAAGAAUCUGCUUUCGGGCUCAUAGGUUUGGGGUACAAUUUAUAUACAUGCAACUACAGGAGUUAUUCAUAUUUGGUCCUUUGUCAGCAAAGGACAAGCUCAGCACUGGGAUGCUAUCCGAAGUUCUUCAUUUCACACUGACUGUGCUCUCCAUAUAAGUAAAAAAACUACAGACUUCUUUUCUUCAUGGCCAGGUGGAGAGAGAGAGAAAGAGAAAGAGAAAAAGACUACCCCCUGGGAGUCCAACACCUCUGCAGAAAGGGCAAGUGGGUAAAUGUAAUCAAUGUUUCCAUUUUAUGUUGAUUAGAAAGAAAAAUCAUGGCGCCUGCCCAAACUCAACACUGUCAGCGCCAGAACACAAUGACACUAAGAACAACCUUGGAAGCUAUAUACUACAUGGGAAGAAGAAACUAACUGUACUUCUCAGCCUUUGAGUAUAGAUUUACACUUUAUUACCAGGUAUAAAUCUUCAUAUUUCCACCAGUAGGGGAAAAAAGGACCCACACAAAUUCAAAAUAACAAAAAACCAUACUAAAACCACAGACUUCAUAGACCUAAGGAACCACUUAUUUAUAAGCCAACUGGCUCUUUGCAGUUUGUUUAAAUCAUAUAUAUAUUCUUCCAAUUCACUUAAAACUGUUACUUAAAACUAACACUUCCCUGCAGAGUAAAUUUGUCAAUUAGCACUUUGUAUUUCAGUUAUUAAAGAAAUGGUAAACGGAAA